AUCCAUCCCUUCCCUCAACCACCGCUGUCUCUUCCUCCGCCCGUGCGCCGCCGCCCGCCCGCCCCUCCCUGCGCCGCCGCCAUCACGCCUCCGCCUGCCCGCCCCUGCGCCGCCGCCGUCACGCCGCGGCCAGCCUCCGCCGCGCUCGCCCCUGCUGCCGCCGCGGCGCUCGCCCGCCGGAGCUCCUCUGCCGCGCGCUCGCCCGCCGCUGGUCGACGCCCUCCUGCGCAGGCCCGCCGGAGCUCCGCCGCCGCCGCCCGCCGCCGGCGCUGGGGAAGAAUACAUUGUUGGGCCUUCGUGGGCUUUAAAGACUGGCCAGAGCCAACAAGCAAAGCCAUUGCCCGCUCCCCGCUCCUGAUAAUAAAAGCGAUAAACCCCGAGCAGAGCAGGUCGGGCCCCCCUCCCAAAUUCGCCGUCCCGCCCGCCGCCAGCCGCGCCGUAGUUCCCUGCUCCGGCUCCUCGUCUCUACCGGCACUGGGCAUCCCGGCUCGUACUGGUUUCCCCUCUCCUUGGUGGCUUGCUACGCCCGCCACCGAAUUCAGGCAUGGGAGAAGGUGGAGAAGAGAAAUCAUUCAAUUUCCUUCAGGUUUUGCUCGAGGGCAGCAUAGCUGGAGGAACCGCUGGUGUUGUGGUUGAAACGGCGCUGUACCCUAUUGACACGAUAAAAACCAGGCUUCAGGCUGCUCGAGGUGGAAGCCGAAUUGAAUGGAAAGGCCUCUAUUCUGGAUUGGCUGGAAAUCUUGCUGGUGUUCUCCCGGCUUCUGCGAUAUUUGUGGGAGUGUAUGAACCGACUAAAAGAAAACUAUUGGAGACACUUCCUGAAAAUUUGAGUGCUAUUGCCCAUUUUACUGCUGGGGCCAUUGGAGGUAUCGCUGCUUCUCUCGUCCGUGUCCCUACAGAGGUGGUGAAACAAAGAAUGCAAACUGGCCAAUUCAAGAAAGCACCUGAUGCUGUUCGCCUCAUUGUUGCUAAAGAAGGAUUCAAAGGGCUGUAUGCUGGUUAUGGUUCCUUUCUACUUCGAGAUCUUCCAUUCGACGCCAUUCAAUUCUGCAUAUACGAGCAACUUCGAAUUGGUUACAAACUUGUGGCGAAGAGGGAGCUGAAUGAUCCAGAGAAUGCGCUUAUUGGUGCUUUUGCUGGUGCCAUUACUGGAGCUAUUACAACGCCCCUUGAUGUCAUGAAGACAAGACUGAUGGUUCAGGGACAAGGAACUCAGUACGCAGGAAUUGUAAAUUGUGCUCAGACUAUCCUAAGAGAGGAAGGCCCCAGGGCUUUCUUGAAGGGCAUUGAGCCGCGAGUGCUGUGGAUAGGCAUCGGUGGGUCCAUCUUCUUUGGUGUGCUGGAGAAAACCAAGUCUAUGCUAGCUGAGAGGAGGAACCGCGAUCUCAAGGACGAAUGAGUGAAGCUCAGUUCGGUUGAUUGAUUUACAUUGCACCUGAAUUCCUUUUUGCCGAUGAAUCUUCUUCUGUGUAGCUAGUAGAUAUAUAAAAUAAACAGUUUUCUAGUUGGUUCAUAACAUUUUUGUACAACACUUGUUUUAUAAAUCAUUGCACUCCCAGCUCC